AUGGCUCUUGUUUUGAGAUUUGUAGAUAAAGAAGGGUUCAUUUGUGAACGAUUUUUUGGUGUUGUCCAUGUACGUGACACUACGGCGUUAGCUUUGAAACAAGGUAUAUAUUUUGUUCUUUCAAAACAUAAUUUAGCUAUUUCUAACAUACACGAGCAAGGGUACGAUGGAGCUAGUAACAUGAGAGGAGAGUGGAAUGGCUUGCAGGCUUUAAUUUGUAAUGAAUUUCCAUAUGCAUAUUACAUCAAUGGUUUAGCCCGUCGCCUCCAACUUGCUUUAGUUGCAGCUUCUCGAGAAGUAAGUCAAGUUCAUCAAUUUUUCUCUACCUUGGUUUUCAUUAUCAAUAUUGUUACUACAUCUUGCAAGCGUAAUGAUGAAUUAAAUGAGGCUCAAUCUGUUGAACUUGCUACUAAGAUUGCAAAUGAUGAAAGCGAAUCAGGGACGGGGCUAAAUCAAAUUGGAACCUUAAAGCGAGAUGGAGAUACUCGUUGGGGUUUUCAUUUGGAUUCUAUUUCUAGCUUGCUCAAAAUGUUUAAUGCAACUUUUGUGGUUUUGAGUAAAAUUGCAAAAGAAAAAGUUUCAUAUUCUCAACGUGGAGAUGCAGAUUUUGCUUGCAAUCAAUUAUUAUCUUUUGAGUUUGUUUUCAUAUUACAUCUUAUGAAAGAGAUUUUGGAAAUUACUCGUAUUCUUUGUGUAGCCUUACAACGACAAUCACAAGAUAUUUUGAAUGUUAUGCAUAUUGUUGCAAGUACAAAAAGGCUACUUAAGAGCUUUCGAGAUUCAGGAUGGGAUUCUUUCCUCAUGAAGGUUACAUCAUUUUAUGAGCAACAUCAAAUUGAUAUCUCAGAUUUGGAUCCUCAAUAUGUUGCAAGGGGUGGAAGAUCUUGA